CUGUUCGAAACAAACACGAUUUUGUAAGGACAGGACAGUAUAGCAAAUGGAAACGCACGAACUGCACAGAAUGGAACAGCUAGAUUCUGCCCCCACCUACUUUUCAAACCAUACACGUAUGGCAUUUUCAAUUCUCAACCGUCAUACAAAACCACUCAGGGAUUGGCUCCCCUCCCCCCCACCAUUCUCCACCGCGGAGACACAGAGUACGCCGCCGACGAGCCACCCGCAGCCGCCGCAGUGAAAUGAGCCUGGCGUUCGGACAAACUCAGUUCUUGCUCCCACCUUCAGUUCUCCACAGACGGGCUAUCCCUUCCCGCCACCACCACUCUGCAUGGAAGCGCCGUCGUCUCAAGCCCCUCACUGUUCAUAACCGCUUAAACCCUCCAUCCUCACCGUUUGAUGACCUAUUCCACAGCUUACUAUCCCACUUUCCUUCUCUGAACUCGCUCAAUUACAUUGCUCCAACCCUCGGCCUCGCCUCCGGUCUCGCCCUCUUUAUCUCUUCUAGUUCCCGUAAAUUGCUUCUCGAUCCUGAAACUACCCGAGAUUCUAAUUCCGAUAUUGGGGAGUGGAUCUUGUUCACCAGUCCGACACCCUUUAAUCGCUUCGUGACGUUGCGAUGCCCUUCAAUCUUUUUCCCCGGAAACGAAUUUUUGGAGGAUGUGAAUGAAAAGCUAAUAAAAGAAGCGAGGCAUUAUGUGAAGCUGAACAAUGGGAGAAUGAUUCAGCCGGUGAAGAGUGGUGGUGAUGUUGAUGAGAACAUGGUGUAUCAGAGAAUUUGCGUGGCCACGGCUGAUGGUGGAGUCUUAUCACUUGAUUGGCCAUCAAAUUUGGACUUGGAGGAGGAACGUGGGUUGGAUACUACGGUGUUGAUUGUUCCAGGGACUGCGGAAGGGAGUAAUGAAAGGAAAAUUAGGGUAUUUGUGUGCGAGUGUCUGAGAAGAGGAGUUUUCCCAGUUGUCAUGAAUCCGAGAGGAUGUGCGGGCUCACCAUUGACAACUGCACGGUUAUUUACAGCUGCUGACAGCGAUGAUAUCUCAACAGCUGUACAGUUUAUAAGCAAGAAAAGACCAUGGACAACAUUAAUGGGCGUUGGCUGGGAAUAUGGUGCAAAUAUGUUGACAAAGUACUUGGCAGAAUUUGGAGAGCGAACACCUCUUACAGCUGCGACAUGCAUAGACAAUCCUUUCGACUUAGAGGAGGCCACGAGGUCUGCUGUCCAUCAUAUGGAUUUUGAUCAGAGGCAUACAGAUGGCUUGAUCAACAUACUUCAAUGUAACAAGGAAUUGUUUCAAGGUCGAGGGAAAGGAUUUGAUGUUGAAAGGGCUUUGUCGGCAUCAUCCACUCGGGAUUUUGAUGGAGCAAUUUCCAUAGUGUCUCACGGAUUUGACACAAUAGAAGAUUUUUAUGCAAAAUCUAGCACACGAGAUGUCAUUGGCAAAGUGAAAAUUCCUGUGCUUUUUAUACAGAAUGAUGAUGGAAAAGUUCCUUUGUUUUCUAUUCCACGGAGUUCCAUAGCAGCGAACCCAUAUACAAGUUUACUUCUGUGUUCUUAUUUGCCAUCUAGCAAGACAAUGGGUACUAGAUUGACGUUCUCUUGGUGUCAGCACCUCACUUUGGAGUGGCUUAUCGCUGUGGAGCUUGGACUUCUAAAAGGUCGCCAUCCGCUUUUGAAAGAUGUUGAUUUCUCUAUAAAUCCUUCAAAGGGGCUAGCAUUGGUGGAAAGUAGAGCUUCUAGUAAACAGGAAAGAGUUGAAAAGCUCUUGAGUGUUACCAAUGGGAGUUCUACAACUCCUCCGGUGGAUGUAUUUCAGGAAAAUGAUGCAAGACAUACAAAGGAUAUAGGAGAAACUCCUCCUAUUGUCAAAGGAGUGCAACAAGAUGACAGUGACGUAGACAACCAAUCUAAUGCUACUACUGAAGAAGUUAUAGAGGAAGGAAUCAACUCGUUUGAUGAAAGAGGACAAGUAUUACAGACUGCAGAAGUGGUUAUGAAUAUGCUUGAUAUGACUAUGCCUGAUACUCUGUCAGAGGAACAGAAGAAGAAGGUCCUCACUGCUGUUGGUCAAGGGGAGACACUAAUUAAAGCUUUGCAAGAUGCUGUGCCCAAUGAUGUUCGUGGAAAGCUUACAACUGCUGUUUCAGGAAUUGUGCAGACUCACGGGUCUAAUCUAAAAUUUGAUAAACUCUUAGGUCUAGAGCACAUGCCUGAUGUGGCACCAGGAUUGAACUCAAAAGGGCUAGAAAAAGUUGGAUUGAAGAAAGCAAAAUGUGAUGAGGAUGUUCACUCUUUGGAUCAAAAGAAGGAGAUUAAUGACCCUGUAGAUGGUUCCAUGGAAGUUGAUCGUAACUCUGACAAGCCUCCUGCAGAAAUAGAAUUAGAAGAACAGUCAUUAGAGAUUAUAGAGAAACCCAAUGAUACAAGCAUGUACGAGUCUAGCGGUAACCAUGGAAGCAACAGUCACAAUGUAGAAAAUGUGAACCUGAAUGAUAUGGGAAAUUCUCUUGAAACUGAACAGGUGUUAACGGUUAGUAAAGCCCAAAGUUCUGAUGAGGAAAAUGUGACAGAAUCAAAUGCUAAUCAGGAUAUGGUUGCAGACCAAAAGAAAAUGGAAAGAGAAAUUGGUAAAGGAGAAUCAGACCCGAUAGAGGAGAAUAAGAUGCACAAAGAUAAUUUUCCAACUGAUCAGAAGAUGUCUGAAGCCAAUUUCAUAGAGGAUAAAUCUUCAGCACCAUCCCCUGCUUCUGGGACUCAAGUGAUGGAAAAUGAAGCAGAAAACCAUCCUAGUAAGGAAGAAAAAGGUCAAAUCUCCAAUCCAAGCCAAAAUAGUGGUGAUCCCCCAGGAUUCAGCGUCUCUCAGGCAUUAGAUGCAUUAACAGGAUUUGAUGAUUCCACCCAAGUUGCUGUUAACAGUGUGUUCCAUGUAAUAGAGGACAUGAUUAAUCAGUUGGAGGUGGAAAAGGACAACAAAAAUGAAGCUGACAGUGAAAAUAAUGCAAGUGAAGUAAAUGGAAUAGAAGAGGUAAAGGAAUUGACUGAAGGCUCUGUAUCUAAGACUCAUCUGCAGAAAAAUGAGCAUAAAUCUGGAAGGAGAGUAGAUGCAAGGAGUAAUACAAGCAGACAGUCAGGUAAUUCCAAUGGUACUCUUUUGUAUGAUUCAUUAGGCUCUGGCAACAAAUAUAACCAACAGCAUUAUGCACGUGGUGACCACAACAGUAAUAGUUCUGAUAAAAAUCAUACAAGGAGGCAGUUUGGUUUGGGAAAUAAAAACAGUUUUGUACCUUCUGGAGAACCUGCAGCGGAUUUUGUGAAAUGUGUAAAUAGCAGUUUAGAUAAGGUUCCAAGUUAUCUAACUACUUUUCCGUACAGAGAUCCACUUUACAAGGAAUACCUCAAGACAUAUCUGUAUAUGAGGAUGAGAAAUGCAAUGCUACGGGAUCUAGAUAAAAUGUCAGCGUUGUAUCUGGACUACAUUCCAGAAGAAGGUCAGUGGAAGCUUCGAGAACAGGUAGAAGAGAAUGAUGCCCGUCUUGAUGAAUAUGCAACUUGGAGAGAUGGUUAUAAAGAAGACCAGACCAAGACGUCACACAGAUCUAAACAUCCUGAUAAUAUAAUUGAACCCUCUUAUGUAAUAUUGGAUUCUGAUCAACAACAAGACCAAAAUGAAGAACUCAAGGAAAUGCGUGUUGUCAAUGACAAUAUUGAAUUUGGUGAGGCCGAACUUGAGGAGACUAUACUUUUCAUGAAAAGUCUCAUAAUCGAAUGUUUAAAUGUUGAAGUUGGCCGUAGGGCCAGUGCUGCUGACAUGGAAGAAUUGGAACUCAAACUGACCAGAGAAAUAGAGUGUAUUGCAAAUGCUGUAUCCAUGCCAGCAGGUCAAGGAAAAUUGCAUAUGCAUAAAGGGAAUGAAAAUAUGCACAAGCUUGGAACCCUUGAUGGGGAGAGUAUAGUGAAAGCUAUUUCAUCUGCUGUCCAGGAGACCGAAUAUUUAAGAAGAGUACUGCCUGUCGGUGUUGUUGUAGGUUCUAGUUUAGCUGCACUCAGAAAAUUCUUCAAUGUUGCUACAUUGGAUGGUAAUGAUGAAAAAGAUAUAGCCCUUGAUCAGGUUGGUAAAUCCACGAAGAGACUUGUUGAAGUUGGUGAAAAAGAGAGUAGUGAAAUGCUUUUAAUGAAAGGAGAAGAAAAAGAUAAUUUCACUAGUUCGGUUGGUGAAAAAGAGGAUAAUACUGAUCUUGAAAAGUCUAAGAAAAAAGAACUUAUGGUUGGUGCUGUUACGGCUGCUCUUGGGGCAUCUGCUUUACUUGCUCAUCAGCCGAAUACUGAAACUGAUGGAACUCGAAAUGAGCCCCUCAAAGAGCAAGAAAACAGUAAAGAGCCCUCGAAGCUGGAUGAAACGUCUGAAAAAACCCAGAACAAUAUAGUCACAAGCCUUGCAGAAAAGGCGAUGUCUGUUGCUAGCCCUGUGGUACCUGUAAAGGAAGAUGGGGAAGUGGAUCAUGAAAGGCUGGUAGCGAUGCUCGCAGAACUGGGACAGAAGGGAGGGAUUUUGAGACUUGUUGGCAAAGUUGCUUUACUCUGGGGAGGGAUACGUGGUGCUAUGAGUUUAACUGAUAAGCUCAUCUCAUUUCUGCGUAUUGCCGAACGUCCAUUUUUCCAGAGGAUCCUUGGGUUUGUCUUCAUGGUGCUGCUUCUAUGGUCACCCGUUGUUCUUCCAUUGCUUCCAACCCUAAUGCAGAGCUGGACAACACGUAAUCCCUUUAAAAUUGCUGAGUUUGCUUGCAUUUCUGGGCUUUACGUCUCUAUUAUGAUUAUGAUUACACUGUGGGGCAAAAGAAUUCGCAAGUAUGAUGAUCCUCUAGUGCAAUAUGGCCUGGACUUGGCUUCAGUUUCAAAGUUCCAGAGUUUUCUGAAGGGUUUGGUAGGAGGAGUUGUCCUUGUUAUACUGAUACAUGCAGUGAAUACCUCACUUGGCUGUGCCCACCUAUGUUGGCCAACCGCUCUAUCUUCAUCAUCUUCGGAACCUGUGUCAUUGAUUAAAUCGUACGGGUGGAUGCUUAUGCUGAUUGUUCAAGGAAUUGCCACAGCAACUGGUGUUUCAGUUGUGGAGGAAUUGCUCUUCCGGUCAUGGUUGCCUCAGGAAAUUGCUGCUGACUUUGGAUAUCAUCGUGGAAUAGUUAUCUCAGGACUUGCAUUUGCUUUAUCUCAAAGGUCAAUAUGGGAAAUUCCUGGCCUGUGGUUAUUAUCUCUAAGUUUAUCUGGAGCUCGUCAAAGAAGCCAAGGUAGUCUGUCGCUACCAAUUGGACUCCGCACAGGGAUACUAGUUUCUAAUUUCAUUUUGAGAACGGGUGGCUUUUUGACCUAUCAGCCCAAUUUUCCUCUUUGGCUUACUGGUGGCCACCCUUUUCAGCCAUUCAGUGGAGUGGUCGGUCUCGCGUUUUCUUUGGUUUUGGCAGUUAUUCUCUAUCCAAGGCACAAGCUCUUUCUCAAUGUAUGCUGCACUCUAGCGUUGGCCCAUUGA